AUGGAAAGCGGCGUCUUGGAGCGUAUCCGAAGCUUCGAGGCGGAUAUUGAGCAGGCCAUCGACAGCAUGGUUCAGCAUGAGCUCAUCAAAGCGCACGUCAAAAACGACCGCCAUCGCAUUUUCAUCGACCAUUUCAUGAUUCAACAGUUCGAGAUCAUCCGCGCGACGAGUGAUAAACUUUUAGAUGCCUAUUUCGAUGAGGACGACAUCAUCGAGGCGCGCAAGGCCCCAAGCGACGGCGCCGAGGUCCUGGCCACGGCGGUCCGAACCUUUGAGGGCCAAAUUGCGGAUAUUCGCGAAUACCACCUCGCCUAUCGCGACUUACCGCCCAUCAAGAAGAAGUUAUCGAUGCCUGAUCCGAAAGUUCUGGAGCAGAUCUUCUCCGUUCGCGAGCGCUGGGGCGCUUGCCUCGACCUGGAGGCCCACUACAACCGCUAUAGCGCGUUUAUGGUCACCACCAGCAUGCUGGCCGCGAAGUACGCCGGCUCGCCCGCCCGGCCCGCGCCGUCCGACGAGGACGACUCCUUGGCGGGGCUUUUGGGGGACCGCCUCGUGCGCUGGGGCCUGUCGUGGCCGCGGCGGCUGGAGUAUUUCCGCUUUAUCCCCGAGCUCGCCCAUCUUAUGCUGCACGGGAUGGACGCCGGGCGGAAGAUCGUCGGGUUUGGCAUCUACCGCGACUACGUGCGGGAGCUGCUGGCGUAUUUGUUGGACUUCUACACCCGCACCCACCCGCUGGAGUCCGAGGAGGUGGAGCAUCUCUUGACGGACACCGAUAACCGCGCGGAGGAGUUUUGGGCGGCGCUCGUGAGGGAAAAGGACUCCAUCAAGUUCGCGGCGGAAAGCGGGACGCUGACGAUCACCGGGGAGGACGGAUUGGCCGGGAUGGCCCUCCCGCAAACCGCGAAAACCGCCUGCGGGGUGGUGGUGCCGCCGCCGCUCAAGGCGUACGUGAAAUCCUGCACGAUGUGGCCUCUGAAGUGGGUGGAAAUGCUCAUCGCGGCGGCCAACGCGGCGCCCAAAGCCGAAGCCCCCGGCGGGAUCCCGCGCGAGCUGCUCGAGCAGCUCCCACGCCGCGUCGCCGAGGUGAAGGAAAUUUGCAAAACCGAGGCCAAAAUCACGGCGCUCCUCCAAUCCUUGUUGUUCCACACCUGGCAGCAAACGGAGACGAUCUUAUUGCGGGAUUACAGCCGCACCGUCGAGGGCAUUGAGCUCGCGCGGCGGCAAGCCGAUAAGGAAUUUCUCGAAUCCCUCGAGAUGGCAGGCCAAAGCACGUCAAAUUUGGUCGAGGACACCAUCGCGCGCGAGGCGAGGCGGGACUUGCAAGAGGAACUCGCGGAGCCGAAAGGCCAUCGGGAUCCCAACGCGAUGGACGGCCUCAAGCCCCUGGAGGAGGGGGAGGAAAUCCCGCUUUCGGCGGGCGAGGCUAACGAAUUUAUCGGCGAGGACGGACUCCCAAUCGCGCGUUGGCUGAUGAAGCUCCAGCAGCUUGAAAAGGUGUUUGUGUGUGAGGUCUGUGGGGGCACCAUUUAUCGGGGGCCGAAGGGAUUUCGAAAGCACUUUGGGGCCGAGCGCCACACUGAGGGCCUCCGCAGGCUCGGCAUUACGCGAAAUUUGAAGGAAUACAAGGGGAUCGCGUCGAUCCGCGCGGCGAUAGAGAUGCGGGAUCAACUUCACUCGGAUUCGCUAAGCCUACGGCAACAACUUCUUGAGGAUAAGGACCUUGAGGAACUCCAGGAUGGGACGGGGAAGGUUCUGACGAAUAAGGAGUACAUGCAAUUCCAGCGCCGCCGUAUUUAA